AUGGACGUAGCUCACAAGGACCACCUGCGCGCGGCCUUCCAUGGCCUCCUCGGCGCCGUGGCACUGCUCCUCUGCGUCCUCGCCGAGGCCCUCGUCUUUGCCUUGCAACGGAGCAUGACGCUCUACCUCGUGCCGGUCUCCGCGAUGCUGCUCCUCUGCCGCUACCGCCGCCGUCGCGCCGCGGGCGGCAGCAUCGGGCUCGUCGACUUCUCCUGCCUCAAGCCGCCCCGCCGGCUUCGGCUCCCGGUGGCAGCGCUAAUAGAGCACUUCAACCUCAUCGACUGCUUCGACGGCGGCAGCAUCGAGUUCAUGGCAAACGCCAUCCAGUCCAGCGGCAUGGGCAACGAGACCUACUUCCCGCCCGCGCUGCACUACCUCCCGCCGGCGUCCACGCACGCGCACGCCGUCCAGGAGGCGCACAUGCUCUUCUUCCCGGCCCUCGACGACCUCUUCGCCAAGACCCGCGUGCCGCCAUCCGCCGUCGGCGCGCUCGUCGUCAACUGCAGCGGCUUCUGCCCGGCGCCGUCGCUCACGGCCAUCAUCGCCAACCGCUACCGGAUGCGCACCGACGUCAAGACCUUCAACCUCUCAGGAAUGGGCUGCAGCGCGGGCUCCGUCGGCGUGGACGUCGCGGCUGGCGUCCUGCGUGCGCACGCAAUGUCGUACGCCGUCGUCGUCAGCGCCGAGAUCCUCACCGUCGGGUGGUACUUCGGCAAGGACCACGGCAAGCUCCUCCUCAACUGCAACUUCCGCACAGGCUGCUCCGCCGUGCUCGUGACGAACAACAUGGCGGCGCCGCUGAAGUACCGGCUCGUCAACAUGACGCGCACGAACACGACGGCCAACGACCGGAGCUACCGCGCGGGGUACCGGGAGGAGGACGACGAGGGCAUCACCGGCUUCACGCUCGGCCAUGGCGUCGGCCGCAUGGUCAGCGAGCUGCUGCGCGCGCACCUCGUCAAGCUCAGCCUCUCCAUCCUGCCUUGGCGCGAGAAGGCGCGCUACACGGCCGCGUUGCUCGUGUCGAUGCGGCGGCGAGGGCAAGACAAGCUCGCCGGCAGCAGUGUCUCCGGCGCGGCGCCGAUGCCAGACUUCCGCGAGGCGGCGGACCACUUCUGCCUGCCGUCGUCGGGGAAGCCGAUGAUACUGCGACUGGGAAAGGGGCUCGGGCUGGGCGAGAGGGAGAUGGAGGCGGCGCUCAUGGCGUUCCACCGGUUCGGGAACCAGUCCGCGGCGGCCUUGUGGUACCAGCUCGCGUACCUCGAGGCCAAGGGUCGGGUCCGGAAGGGCGACACGGUGUGGCAGCUCGGCAUCGGGAGCGGGCUCAAGGCCAACAGCCUGGUGUGGGAGCGCGUCGCCGUCGCCGACGACGUCGCCGGCGGGCGCGCCGGGAGGAACGCGCUGGGGCCGUGGAUGGACUGCAUCCACCAGUACCCGAUGUGGGAUACGUAG